UGGGGCUCGUAGUGCUCGCUGCCCGCCCCUCAGCCCGGAAGGGCCCGCGGGGCGGGGCGGUUGCCAGGAGGCGGCAGCGCGGCGCGGAGUGCCGGGGAGGCGAGCGGGGCGCGCCGGGGGCUUCCGAGCUCCGCGCAGCUUAGUCACAUGAAGAUGGAGGACUAUGAAAACUUUUGUAAGAAGCAUUUUUCUAGAAUCCAAGAAGAGGCAAUAAAAAGAGAAGCCCCUUUCAGUGUUCCGCACAAAAAUAUCUCGCUCAUCCAGUUCCACGGGGUUCCUGUGCUUUCCCCUCUGCUUAGCCUUGAAAAGAAAAAGGAAAUACAGCAAGACAAACAAAAAGCACUGGACUUAGAGAUCUGGAGACAGAACUCCAAGAAAAGAGCUUUAUUGAAUCGUGUUCAGGAGAUUCUAGAAAAUGUUCAGAUCAGGAAAACAUGUAGUGUGAGUGACUUGAACAUGUGGGAGGCUGACAAUACUUGCCCUGAUUCAGAAUCAAAAGCCUUGACUGACUUUACACCUCCGUCAGAUGUCAAUUUGUUGUGUUCUCCUAAAAGGCGUGGUUCCACAGAGCUUGAAAAGACAUCAGAAAUAAUGCCAUCGAAUGGCACUGGGCAGGUGACAUCAAGUGUGACAGAAAUAGUUAAAGCUGUGGAAGAAAAUGUUUCUUCAAAGCAAAGUGAGAGUCACUUCCCAAAAGACAUACCUUGUCCAAAGACUGUGACUUCUGACAACACAAACAAUAAACUUGCUUCACAGGCUUUGCAAAACUCGGAGAGGCCAGAAGUGCCGCUGUCUGAUGAGGAGGUCCAAGAUCCCUAUGCAAUGAGUCUUCAGAACCUUCUGAAAAAAUCUAGGGAGUACAUAGAGAAAGAACAAACCAGACGUAGCUCAAGAAGUAAUUCAAAAAGGUGUAUGAAUGAAAGUCAUUCAGAUAAAGAAAAUGAUGCGGUUAAAACAACUGACUCUGUGAAAGAGAGAGCAAAGCUUACAGGCAGAAGUUGCGCUGCUGCGACACUUGAUAAACCUAGUCUUAAUAAAUCAAAUACAAUUCUCCAAGGUGCCUCUACUCACACAAGUAACACAAGUACACCAACUUUAUCCAGUUUUUCUAAAGUGGAUAUACCUAUGAGAGUUGGAACACCCCCACUGGUGGAUUCAGAUUCAGAUGAAGAAUUUAAAAACACUUCUACGUUUGAUCGUGACAGUAGCAUUAUCAGGAGCCUCACAGGCUCUUAUGCCAAAUUGCCAAGCCCUGAGCCAAGCAUGAGCCCUAAAAUGCACCGAAGGCGCCCAAGACCGUUAUCAAUGGGACACAUAGUUAUAAAUAACCCUGUGAAUGCUUACGAGUUAAGCCCUAAAGGCAAGGGUAGAGCAAUGGACUUGAUUUUGCAAGAUAUUGCUGAUAAAAAUAAUGUGUCUGAAUCAGUGCCAAAGUUAAUGGUGGAUUUUGCUGUGGUUUGCCCUGGCAAAGUUCCUGGUGUCCAUAGGAAUUCUUUAGACACCUGUGAUGGGUUGGUGGUUGGCAGAUCAAGUCGACAUUCCUUUGGACACUUGGAGAGCAAAGGCACGUUGUCUGCUACGGUGGAAGGACAGGUAGUGUUGGAUGGCAGAGGACAAUAUAAACUGGAGACUAGUACUAAUAUUGUAGGUCCAAAAUUGCAUGAGCCAUUUGCAGUCAGCCAGUCCAUGGUAACUCAGAAGAUCUUAGCUGUGAAUGAAACCAAACCACCUGGUUUGCUAGAACAUGCUAAAUGUAAUUCUCCAGUAGAACUCAAUAAAUCUUAUGAUGUAGAAAAUCCAUCUCCGCUACUAAUGCAAAGCAAGAAUAAGCGACAGCAGAUAGAUACUCCAAAUGUUUCCCCAGCAAAUGAACAGUUUCUAGAAAAUGGUUUUGAAAAGGUAAAACGUAGACUGGAUUUGGAUGCCGACAGCUCCCAGAAGGAAAACAAUCCCUAUGUUUUAGCAGUUGGAACGGAAGAACAGGAGAAGCAGUGGUUGCAAGAACAAAAAUACCCUGUGGGAUCAGUUUACGUUGCCAAAAAUGCAGUCUCUGAUAGUACAGCAAAAGAAGAGAUUUUAAAAACAAAAAUGUUGGCCUUUGAAGAAAUGAGGAAGAGACUUGAAGAGCAGCAUGCACAGCAACUGUCAAUUCUGAUAGCCGAACAAGAGAGAGAACAGGAGAAAUUGCAGAAGGAAUUAGAAGAGCAGGAGAGAAAGCUGAAAGGAAAGAAAAUUGCUACAACAGAAAUAGAAAUCUCCAAAGUGAAUAUUAACAGUAGGAUGGAGUUGGAGUGGAGAAAAAAAAGCGAAAGUGGCUUGCUGGAAAGUAUGCAGUCUCAGAUGGAGGCAGUCCAUAAUGCAAACUCUACCAGCAUUGGUUUUGCUCAUACUACACCAAACGCCUUUGCUUCAACAAGUGAAACUUCAUUCUUUCUCUGGGGCCCGUCAGGAAGUGGAGUUAUAAAAACCUCAGUAUCCAGGCCAAGUAACAGGAUCAAAACUAAGUGGACUCAGGUUUUCAGUCCAGACAUACAAAUAAAGUUCAGUAAGAUCACUGCAGUGGCAAAGGGAUUUCUCACUCGUAGACUCAUGCAGACAGAAAAAUUGAAAUAUCUUAAGCAAACUGUAAAGGAUACUAUGGAGUUCAUAAAAAAUUUUCAGUCAGAAGCCCCAUUAAAAAGAGGAAGUGUUUCGGCACAAGAUGCAUCCCUCCAUGAACGAGUAAUGGCUCAGCUGCGAGCUGCUCUUUAUGAUAUCCAUGACAUUUUUUUUAUAAUGGAGGCAUCUGAAAGAAUGAAUAUUCUGCGUCAUGAUCGCGAAGUUCGUAAAGAGAAGAUGCUCAGGCAAAUGGAUAAAGUAAAGAGCCCGAGAGAGAGAGCAACGCUUUCAACAGCUACACAAAAAUCUCUGGAUAGGAAAAAGUAUAUGAAGGCUUCAGAAAUGGGAAUGCCAAGUAAAAAAAUAAUCAUAAAACAAAAAACUCCUGAAAGCCGAGUACUUCAGCCGAAUCAAGGACAGAAUGCCCCAGUUCACAGACUGCUUUGCAGACAAGGAACCCCUAAGACCUCAAUGAAGGGGGUUGAGCAAAAUAGAAAGAAGGCCUCAGAAAGCAGAGUGUCUAACAAGGCUGUUUCAGGAGCAUAUGCAGGAAGAACCCAAAGAAAGAAGCCAAAUGUUGUGACAAUUUAAGACGACAGCACUCACUGGGAUAAAAAGGCUCCUUUUUAAUGAUGGCAUUCUCAGCAUUGAUUAAAAUAUUGCAUCUCCUAUACAUAUUUAUAUAUAUAUAUAUAUAUAUAAAAAUGACAAGCAUACACUUUAUUUAACGGGUCCAGCUGCCGACAUGUUAAUACAAUCAUAUUGAAAUAAUGAAGGACCACAAAGUUCUAAUACUUGUGAAAAAUUGCAUGUUAAAACCUAUUAUGUAUUCAUACUGCUGUGCACACAUAAGAUUCAUAAUGUUAUGCUAUUUAAAGAAGACCAUAGGGCAGCAUUAAGUUAAUUUAUGACUUCUUUACACUUCUCUAAUUCUUCUAUCUGUCAUGUGCUUUUUAUAUUACUUAAAAUUGCAAUUUCUGUAUAUGGCUGCCACCAUAAAUAAGGGCUGUGUGUGUAUAUUUAGUUUUAUACCAUAAAAUAAGAGCAGUUAAAUAAGGGAAAAAAAUAAUUUCAACAAAACAGAGCUCUUCCAUCAGUGAAUUUGUAAGCAGCCUUUCUGAAUGUACUUUAUACAUGUAUGUGCUUACCUCAAUUCAAUUACUAAUUGCCUACAUUUGUUGUGUAUUUCUGCUGAUUUGGACAGACAUGGACCAAAUUAACUGCUGGACAGACAGAUGUACUUUUGAUGACUGUACUGAAGUUGCACAUUUAUACGUGUGGUAGAUCAAAACACUGUGCCAGAAGAAGCCUAGGAUGUUUUUUUUCCUUGCUGUCUACUGCAUUUUCUUAUGGAAAUAAUUUUUGGCCAAGAUGAAGAGAGAAGCAUAAAUUCAACCAAAGUUUAAGAAGGCAAGAUUUCAGUGGUUUUACCACUUCAGAUUUGUAAAUGAUUUGUCCAUAGUAAUAAUUCACAUAUGUGAUGUUUUGUUCAUGACAGUCACAAUUUUUCUGAACAGUUUCUUUUCUGUUGUGAACUAACAGGCCAGAAAUCAUGUUUCCUGGUUUCAGGAUAAAAGCAAAAAACAAAACCCAACGAAAAUACACUUGCAUUUCCAAAAGUCUAACAUUAAAAGAUCAUGCUCAUAUUUUGCCUUGGUCUUUCUACUCAUAGAUAUAAACCUUCAAUUUGAGGGGAGCAGAAUUCUGUAACUCCUAUCUUUUAAUGAACUCCUACAGACAGGCUGUUAACAUUUGAAGUCAAGUAGAGAAAAGCUCGGCUGUGUAAGUCUUUGCAGUGCUUACUGCUUUGCUCUGUAACAGUAGUACUAGAGAAAGGAUUGCCUAAAUGUGAAAUAGGUUGUAUUUUGUUGUUUUUCCACUAUAAAUACAGCAUGACACCCUAACUUCAGAGGCUUUGUAACAUGUUGACACUGGUGUAAGAGAAAUGAGACUGACCAAAAAUUUCAUUGUGUUAAAUAAUCUGAACACCAAAGAGGAACAUUAACGGUAGGAUGAAGGCAGUAUCUUCAGGGGAAGCAAUGGAUAAAUGGGCUUGCUUGCGCAACUAUUUCUGAUGUUCAUCUACAAAUAAGUCUGUCCCCUGUGGCUUGUUACAUUGUUAAAAACAAAUGUUUCAUACUAUGCAGUAUGUUACCUGAAUUGUGUACUUGGAAAAAGGCAAAAAUACCACUUAACCAGCUUGAAGAUUGACGCUGCUCAGCGGCUCUUUACUGUGGCUUUUUUUGAAGGCUUUCGGGUGGCUCACCCAGUGGUGUAAAUCAAGAAUUUACACCAGUGGAGGACCUGCCUCCUUCAUUUAAAUGCUGUGGUUCUUUAAAAUUUCCACCGUAAUACAGAAGAUGUCUGAGACGAGCAUCCUGCUUUCCUGUAGUCAUCAAAGGUCUCAGAGUCCUCGACUUUCCUUUGUUUGGAUACUCUAGAAAUGUAAGUAGAAAACAUUUCAAGAGGAAAAAAGUAAAAAUGACAAGUAUAACCUGUUCUCUCAGAGUGCAAUUUAGUUUGCUGUUGGUAUAUCAUUGUUAACGAUUGAUGUUUUUAAAAGAUGCUUUAUGUGCUGUAUUGAUUAUUAGCAUAGGUAAUAUGUUGAUGUAAAAGUAGGUUUAGUUUAAAUGUUAGUAAAAAUGAAUGCUUACCUUCUGUUCAGGUUUGUCAUCUAAACCUCUUUACUUCAUGAAUGUUUCCAGUGUGUAUAGUAAAACAUUGUAGCUUUUUUUUUUUUUUUUUUUUUAAGUUUUAUGCGGCCUUUUUCUUGACAAGUGCCAGAAUGUGUUUUUGUACUUGAUAUGUUUUGUAUUUAUACAUAUUUAAUUUUAACUCACUUCUUUUGUGUGGAGUGUAAUAUCAUUAUAAAAGUGUAUUUAUUUUUGUACUUUAUUUCAUUUUCACCACUCUUGCAUUUUACAUAAAUAUACUACAUAAUAAACUUUUAAUCUUAAAAAAGA